CCAUCUGUUUGUACGGUCAGUCGAUACUUGAACUUCGAAACGGAUGGUUCUGCUACGAGCAAGUGCACUUUUUAUUCAUUUUCAUAAGUUUAUAUCGCACAACAUGAAGUUUAUUGGGAUUCUAAUCGUAGUUUUAAGCAUAUUAGGCGUUGGACUGGUGCUAGCACAACAACAAUGUCAUAAACCAGUCGGCGAAGUCGGUGAAUUCUUACCGAUCACAAAAUGUGCACAUUUGAAACAACUAUUAGACAAGCCAAACAAGUCUGGUCAAGACAGAGCCUUGUUGCAAAAAUUGCAUUGCGGCUUUGUAGAUAAUAUACCACAGGUAUGGUGUGCUAAACAGGGUGGAUCAGAGCCAAACUCGUGUACCACCCCUGAUGGGAAGCCUGGCAAAUGCAUAAACAUAUACGCGUGUCCACAACUCUCGAAUCUUCUAAAUCAACCCGUGUCCGAAAGAAAUAAGUCAUUCGUGAGGAAUUCUGCUUGCCAAGGCCCCCAUAAAUUCAACGUUUGCUGUGGAACCUCUCCCGCUAGAGAAGAUCCCGAUAUUCUUGAUUCAAGAACGCGCGAUGAGAACAAGGCAUGCGUACGUCAUAUGACUGCCUACCCCCCCGCUCCCAGUACUGGCUGCUGUGGCGUCUCGGCUGAAGUCGGCAAUAAAAUCGUAGGAGCUGGUGGUGAAGCGACGGAAAUUGACCAAUAUCCAUGGGCUGUUCUGAUAGAGUAUGAGACCAACAGCGGGCUCAUUUUAUGUGGUGGUGUACUGAUCAGUGGAAGAUAUGUCCUCACGGCUGCCCACUGUAUUGCUGGCGUGAUACUGAGGAAUGGAACACCAAAAUUUGUCCGUCUCGGAGAAUACAACAUAACCAACGAAGGUCCAGAUUGCAAGCUCACAGCAGGAGGUGGGCAGGACUGUACAGAGGGUGUAACUAGAAUAGAAAUCGAGAGGACAAUUCCUCACCCACAGUACAAUCCCAUUAAAACAUCAAGAUGGAACGAUAUUGGCUUGAUUAGGUUGAAGGAGACUGCACCUUACACAGAUUUUAUCCGGCCCAUCUGUUUACCAACGAAGGAUAUAACUCAAGCAAGAAAUAGAAAUGAUUUCUUCACCAUGUUCGUUACUGGAUGGGGCGCAACUGAAAACACAACGUUUAGUGACGUCAAACUUGAAGUGACCGUACCUUUUGUACCAAUGGAUCAAUGCGAACCAGCGUACAACGUAGGCGUUUUCCCAUCAAAACUAUGGAAGGGGCAACUUUGUGCUGGUGGUAAAAAGGGCACGGACUCCUGCAAAGGCGACUCCGGAGGACCGUUGAUGUACGAAAAUAAUAAGUUAUUCGAACUGGCCGGCAUCGUGAGCUAUGGCAAAAACCCGUGCGGAAUACAAGAUGUAGCAGGAGUCUACAGUAACGUUUACGAAUACAGAGAUUGGAUUAAUAGUGUGAUCGUUCCUUAAUAAUAUUGUAGCUUUAAACAUUUAAUAAAUAAUAAUUAUCAAUUCAA